CCUGUCAUUGAUCUCCUUCAUUUCCAUUUUCAGAGUUGUGGGUGAUUUGAAAACUUAUGUGUUGAAAAAUGUCGAUUUUAGCCAGCCCUUUGUCCGUUGCGGGAUCCAGAACGACUGGAUCUUCAGUUCGUUCCCAAAAUGUCAUGGCAGCCGCAACCAUCGCCAAUAUAGUUAAAAGUUCUUUAGGCCCCGUAGGAUUAGAUAAAAUGUUGGUAGACGAUGUUGGAGAAGUAACUGUGACAAACGAUGGGGCCACCAUCUUAAGACUCCUGGAGGUCGAACACCCUGCUGCUAGGGUGUUAGUCGAAUUGGCACAACUUCAAGAUGAAGAAGUUGGCGACGGUACUACUUCUGUUGUUGUCAUUGCAGCUGAAUUGCUGAAGAAUGCAGAUGAGCUGGUCAAGCAAAAAAUUCACCCUACUUCCAUCAUAAGUGGUUACAGACUGGCUUGCAAAGAAGCCUGCAGGUAUAUACAGGACCGUCUUACCAUACCAGUCGAGGAUCUGGGAAAUGAUUGCAUUAUAAAUGUUGCGAAAACGUCGAUGAGCUCAAAAAUUAUCGGAGCAGAUGCAGACCUAUUUUCAUCUAUAGUAGUCGACGCAGCAAAUGCCAUCAAAGUAACGGACUCAAGAGGUAAUGCGAUGUACCCCAUCAAGGCUGUUAAUGUUCUCAAGGCCCAUGGUAAAAGUGCCAGAGAGAGCUUCCUCAUCCAAGGAUAUGCUUUGAACUGUACAGUAGCCAGUCAAGCCAUGCCAAAAAAAAUCGUAAAUGCCAAGUUGGCGUGCUUGGACUUCUCCCUGCAGAAGGCCAAGAUGAAGAUGGGAGUCCAGGUAAGUUGGGAAAUCAUGUUUAGCUUCACAGUUUAUGAAAAAGGUGUUUUGCAAAAUUUUCUUUUCGUGUCAAAAUAUUUUUUUUUCUUAAAUGUGUAGGCCUUCGAUUAUGAU